AUGGCAGGAGGCUCAGCCACGACCUGGGGUUACCGUGUGGCCCUGCUACUGCUGGUCGCCACCCUGGGGCUGGGUAGGUGGCUCCAGCCCGACCCUGGCCUCCCAGGCCUCCGGCACAGCUACGACUGUGGGAUCAAGGGAAUGCAGCUGCUGGUGUUCCCCAGGCCAGGCCAGACUCUCCGCUUCAAGGUGGUGGAUGAAUUUGGGAACCGAUUUGAUGUCAACAACUGCUCCAUCUGCUACCACUGGGUCACCUCCAGGCUGCAGGAGCCUGCAGUCUUCUCGGCUGAUUACAGAGGCUGCCACGUGCUGGAGAAGGAUGGGCGUUUCCACCUGAGGGUGUUCAUGGAGGCUGUGCUGCCCAAUGGUCAUGUGGAUGUGGCACAAGACGCUACUCUGAUCUGUCCCAAACCUGACCCCUCCUGGACUCUGGACUCCCAGCUGGCACCACCUGCCAUGUUCUCUGUCUCAACCCCACAAACCCUUUCCUUCCUCCCCACCUCUGGCCAUACCUCCCAAGGCUCUGGCCAUGCCUUUCCCAGCCCACUGGACCCAGGGCACAGCUCUGUCCACCCAACCCCUGCUUUACCAUCCCCUGGACCUGGACCUGCCCUCACCACUCUGGCUCAACCCCACUGGGGCACCUUGGAACACUGGGAUGUGAACAAACCAGAUUACAUAGGUACCCACCUGAGCCAGAAGCAGUGCCAGGUGGCCUCAGGGCACCUCCCCUGCAUCGUGAGAAGAACUUCAAAGGAAGCCUGUCAGCAGGCUGGCUGCUGCUAUGACAACACCAGAGAGGUUCCCUGUUACUAUGGCAACACAGCUACUGUCCAGUGCUUCAGAGAUGGCUACUUCGUCCUCGUGGUGUCCCAAGAAAUGGCCUUGACACACAGGAUCACACUGGCCAACAUCCGCCUGGCCUAUGACCCCACCAGCUGCUCCCCAACACAGCACACGGAAGCUUUCGUGGUCUUCUACUUCCCUUUUACCCACUGUGGAACCACAGUGCAGGUGGCUGGCGACCAGCUCAUCUAUGAGAACUGGCUGGUGUCUGGCAUCCACAUCCAAAAGGGGCCACAGGGUUCCAUCACACGGGACAGCACCUUCCAGCUUCAUGUGCGCUGUGUCUUCAACGCCAGUGACUUCCUGCCCAUUCAGGCGUCCAUUUUCCCACCCCCAUCGCCUGCCCCUGUGACCCAGCCCGGCCCCCUGCGGCUUGAGCUGCGGAUUGCCAAGGACGAGACCUUCAGCUCCUACUAUGGGGAGGAUGACUAUCCCAUCGUGAGGCUGCUCCAAGAACCAGUCCAUGUGGAGGUCCGGCUUCUGCAGAGGACAGACCCCAACCUGGUCCUGCUGCUGCACCAGUGCUGGGGCGCUCCCAGUGCCAACCCCUUCCAGCAGCCCCAGUGGCCCAUCCUGUCAGAUGGAUGCCCUUUCGAGGGCGACAGCUACAGAACCCAGAUGGUAGCCUUGGAUGGGGCCACACCUUUCCAGUCGCACUACCAGCGAUUCACUGUUGCUACCUUCGCCCUCCUGGACUCAGGCUCCCAGAGAGCCCUCAGAGGACCGGUUUACUUGUUCUGCAGCACCUCUGCCUGCCACACCUCAGGGCUGGAGACUUGCUCCACUGCAUGCAGCACUGGCACAAGUGAGUCUGGGGUGCGAGUGGCAUUUGUUCCUUCAUACAUCUUCAGGCCUGUGCCUGGCCUUUGGGCCACAGGGGCAGGAGACCAGCCCAAGAUUUCAUUCUUCCCCUGGGCAGGACAGCGACGAUCCUCAGGUCACCGUAAUGAUACUGCCAGGCCCCAGGACAUUGUGAGCUCUCCGGGGCCAGUGGGCUUUGAGGAUUCUUAUGGGCAGGAGCCCACACUUGGGCCCACAGGUAGGAGGGCUUCUGGGUGGGCCCCUCAGGCCUUACCCACUCUCAGCCCCCAAGACUGUGCUGACAAAACAGGGAUGCUCCAGCCAUAGCUGAGGGCAAGAGAUGGUGUCACUGCAGUCAGUGGGGAACUAAGUGAAGACAGACACAGUCCACCUCAUCUGCAGAAAGGCAGCUUCAGCUCUGCUCAGUGUGAUACAAAGUUCUGGGGUGGAGGGGCCUCACCCAGCCCUGCCAAUCCCUUCUCUCUGACAGACUCCAAUGGGAACUCCAGCCUGAGGCCUCUCCUUUGGGUGGUCCUUUCGCUGCCAGCUGUUGCCCUGGUCCUUGGGUUUGGUGUCUUUGUGGGCCUGAGCCAGACCUGGGCCCAGAAGCUCUGGGAAAGCAACAGACAGUGAAUGGGCUCAAUAAACAAUCAUUUCAAACCU